AUGUCUCUAAUGCAAAUAGUAGAACCCACGCAGUAUAAGCGUGAGGUCCACAGAAAGACGUCUGAAUUUCAAUGUUUGUAUUCCUUCAAGGAGAAUCGGAAUUAUCAGAGUCAACAAGAAGGUGUCUUCCUUUAUCUUCUUUCACAGUUGUUCACUUUUGAGGUCCACACCCCAAAUAAGAGGUGUAUGGUGACUCUUCCAUUUUUAAGACUUGACACCGUCACUUUCAGUAAGGAAGAUGUUGUCUGGGUGUCCGACUUCGUUCAGAAGAGGAUUUCUGAGAGAAUCAAAAUUGAGAUGGAGAACGGAAUAUCAGAAAAGACAGCUUUGAGAAGGUGCGAGAAUUAUAAAAUAUCAGAAACUCUUCAUUUCUUAAUGGACGUCUUGUCAAUGUACGGAUACUUCUUUCAAACACGAACUACAACUGGCAAGAAGGGAAUGACUAAGGUAGACGUCUGUUUCAGAGUGUUCAAAAAUGGAAAAAUACUCUAUGAUCAAAAGCAGAUUGAAGAUAUCGGGGAGAAGGUUAAUCAAUUAAUUGUUGAAAUGAAGCCCGAGACCGGAAAAGUUGUGGUUGACAAAAACACGUUUAGUUCUGUUGUGAAGCAAUGA